UUUCACUUUUGAAAAAGUUUUGACGUUCGCGCUGGCCCAUUGUCCCACGGAAUCUCGCACGUCUCACUUGCGUGCAAAUACACACACGUGCCAUCCAAAGUUCUCUUCACCCACAAGUAACUGAACUUAAUUUCGCUUGUAUUGUAUUGUUUAUUCGUAAGCGCGAUCGUAGCAUCAUGGACAACAAGAAAAAGCGAGAUUUGGUGCAACGCUGCAUCGAACGGACGCAGGAGGUAGAAGAUGUUAUAUGCUGUCCUAUAUGCUAUGAAACAAAAGAUAAUGUUGUUCUGUGUAGCGUGGGACAUCAUGUCUGCGUUGCAUGCCAAAGUAAAUUAGUCCAUAAUUCUUGUCCAACUUGCAAGUCUCGAUUUACUGGAACAAAAUGUUUCUUAAUUGAAAAAUUGACUCGGAUUCUCGGCAACCUUGAGUUGACUCUCAACGACUUGAGUAAAGUUAUGCAGAUAUCGGACAACAAAAGCGACUACAGAACCUUGAUAAAGACCCUCUUGACUAAUCUGUCAGUGUUUUUGAAUAAAACCAGCAGCUCGAUAACUUGUUUCAGUAAAUACUUGAAGAACCCAAAAGUCUCUGAGAAAACUGAUUUAGAAAAGCAAUUUCAAUCACUAACUAAUCAACUUAAUGAUUUAAAACUUUAUAUGGACAAUGUUAGAGUUGAUUUGAUUUUGUUAAAAGAAUGAUGUUCCUUUUCAAACAUUAGCUCGUUUGUAAGAUUAUUGUAUGCAGCAAAAAAACGUUUUUGUAUUGGUGUAAUUUAUAGGCUUUGAAUGAAUAAAAAUCGCUGCUCAAUCUA